AUGGCCGACGAUUACUAUGGGCAGAACAAUUCGAACAGUGAUGACUCAGAGGUAGAACUGAACCUGAGUAGCCCGGAGUUGAAGGGUUAUCUGAGUAAGUGGACAAAUUACAUACACGGUUGGCAGCCACGCUUCAUUGUGCUGAAGGAUGGCACACUGUCGUACUACAAAAGUGAACAGGAUAGCGAUUUUGGAUGCCGGGGUGCGAUCAGUCUACAGAAAGCAACGAUCAAGUCUCACGAAUUUGACGAAUGCCGGUUCGAUGUGGCGAUUGGACAGAACGUGUGGUAUCUGCGUGCCGAAACGCAGGAAGAUAAGGGCAAUUGGAUCGAGGUACUGCAAUCGUACAAAACGGACAUCCCGGAAACGAUUAGCUUAAGGCGACACGGGAGCACAAUCUCGUUACAAUCCAAUACUCUGUCCACGGCAAGUGGUAGCAGUCUGAAACGGGUUAGUCGAGGUCUAAGAGAAAAGCUGCAUGAAAUAGAAACGUUUCGCGAUAUUCUUUACGGACAGAUCGACACACUGCAGCGCUACUUUGACGCCCUCCACGCCAAAAACGAAGACCAGCCGCCGCUCGAUCUGGGCGAUGGGUUGAAACCGAUAGAUUUCCGCGGCGAAGCGAUAACGUUCCGCGAAACGACGGCCGGUGUGAUCAUCACACUGCAGCACUGCCUCGAUAUUAUCUCACAGAAGGAGGAAAGCUUCAAGAAAAAGCUCGACAAGGAACAGGAACGGCGGAGAAAGGCGGAAGAAUUGUACCGAGCUUGUAAAGAUGAGCUAACAAAGAAUAGAAAUUCAGUAAUUCCUGGACCAGACCUAGAGGAAGGACCGCAUUCAACUAUCCCCGAGGAUGAAUUCUUCGACGCGGUCGAAACUGGGCUCGACAAGAUCGAGGAAGAUCGUCAGCUGCGAGUGCGGCUGAAGUACCAAUCGCAACAGUCACAGAUAAGCAACGUGAGUUCGUUGCACAGCCCGAACGCAGAAGCGGAGGAUGAGAUACCGCAGCUGUCGGAAGAUUUCGGUACCGGUGCACAAGCGAAGAGCCACAAGCUUUGGCCAGAAAUUGAUCGAAUCUGCACCGAGCAACUGACGCAAGCGCGGCAAGGUGUCGGUGAGGAUGGGAACGGUUGGCAGCUGUUUGCCGACGAGGGCGAGAUGAAGAUGUACCGGCGCGAAGAGGAGGUGGACGGUAUGGUGAUCGAUCCGCUAAAAUCCUGCCACGUGGUGAAGGGUGUUACUGCCCGGGAAAUGUGCCAUUACUUCUUCGAUCCGGCGUACCGGAACGAUUGGGAAACGACACUGGAGGAUGUGCAGAUCGUGGAUAACGUUGCACCCGACACGUUCGUCUUUCUGCAGACGUACAAACGCAUCUGGCCCGCCAGCCAGCGGGAUGCACUGUUCUGGUCGCAUAUGCGCCGCAUCACCGAUAACGUGGACACCGGUGCGAACGAUGUGUGGAUCGUGUGCAAUCAUUCCAAUCAGAACGAAGAGUAUCCGCCCGCAAACCAAGGCAAAUGUGUACGAAUCUAUCUAACGGUGAUAUUAGUUUGCCAAACUUACCUGACACCGGGCAAGGACAGCAAAACGGCAACGCGAGAUGAUCUGACCUGCAAAAUUACCUACUGCUCCACCGUAAAUCCUGGCGGCUGGGCCCCAGCGACCGUGCUGCGAGCUAUCUAUAAGAAAGAAUAUCCAAAGUUCCUUAAGCGUUUCACCGGAUAUGUUGUUGACCAAUGUAAAGCAAAACCGAUCAUGUAUUAGAAUCUUGAACAGGAUAG